UAUCGAUUUUCAUUAAUGACUGAUAAAAACAAAACGUUAAAAAAUGCUUAUCAAAAAGAAAAACUUUUGAUACAACUGGAGGAGGACGACGCAGAGGCAACCGAGCAGCAUCCAAGUUGUGCACACGGGCCCACCAUACUCUUCUACCGUCAGUCACAAAAGCCCCAAGAUGGUUACUAUGCUUGCUCCGCCCACAGAGAUGCCAAGCUCUGUAAAUUUCAAAUGCCGGCUUCCAAAUGGAAGGGAGAAUCUAUUAAACGAGAACUUAGCAAACGAACUCAUCCGCUCAUCAAUCAAGAAAGGAUUGGACGUUCCAAAAUUGUCGAUCCAACGCUGAGUAUGCAGGCGCUUGAGCAGGAUGCAGUUAAUGCUCAGUACUUUUUUGAUGCCAAUGCCUUGGCCUUUCUAGCCGAACAGUGCCAACUAUUGGGCAUAACAAAAGUUGUAUGCAUGGGAACACCUCGUUUGCAUUUCCAUUUGCGGGAUAAAUGCAAAAAUAUACAAACUUUUCUCUUGGAUUUGGAUGAGCGUUUCGCUUCUCACCUAGGACCUAAAGAGUUUUGUCACUAUAACAUGUGCAAUAAUCAUUUCUUCUAUGAUCGUCGACCCUUUGAGGAUUUCCUCCGAGGCUCUAUUACUGAUCGUGUGUUAAUAGCAACGGAUCCUCCAUUUGGCUGCCGUACUGAACUGAUUGCUCACACUUUGCAUUCACUGCGUCGUCUGCACAAUCGUCUCAAUCAAAUCCCUUGGACACCGCUUAGUAUAUUUUGGAUAUAUCCAUAUUUCGCGUAUAAUUAUAUUAAGCAACAAAUGCCCGAAAUGGAAAUGUCGGAUUAUUUGAUUAAUUAUACGAAUCACUCAAGAUACACAAAUGUGGGUGACGAGAGUCGUGCAUAUGGCUCUCCUGUUCGCCUAUUCACCAAUGUGCCAUUGGAUCAGCUGAACCUAACUACGCGGGAAGGCUACAAGUUUUGCCCCAAAUGCGAGAAACACACAGCACAAACGACUACGCAUUGUGAUCUCUGUGGGAAGUGUUCGUCGCAAAAUGGCCAAAUCUAUAGACACUGUUUGUCCUGUGAUAUGUGUGUCAAACCAAACUAUGUUCAUUGCCAGAACUGCAGACGCUGCACACAACGAGAGGGUCACAUAUGCUCCCUCUAUCAGUCAAUGCAGAUUUGUUGGCUCUGUGGUUCGCGUGGACAUAUCGAAAGCAAUUGCCGAGUGCUCGAAAAAGUAAAAAAAACCAAAGCCAUGUCUACACAGCGAGGACAAUGUUGCCUUUUAUGUGGACGUAAGGAUCAUCGGGAACGAAGGUGUAAACAGCGAAACAAAUACUUUAAUGAAACUGAAUUUAUGGGCCAAAAAACCAUUGAGUUUAGGGGCUGACUUUAAAAGUUAAACCUUUGAUAGAUAAUAACAAAAUAAAAUGCCUUCUUUCUAUACGAAAAAA